CUCAAAGUAAAACUUUUGCGGAGGAAUUAAUUGAUGCAGUCGAAGUCGACUGGCGAUCGUUAUUAAAGUCGUAACAGGAAUUUGCUCGUACGCUUUUUUCUAGUAUUCUACCGCUCGUACAACGUAACGACGUGACUGCAAUUCGCCGAGAGAGAUCGUCGCAUUGUGCAGCAGCGAUUGGCAUAUAGGUUAUGUCAAACUACCAAGUACGAAAGAAUCCUUCGAUCGUCGCGGCGUAAAGCGGUCGUUAGUUUACCGAACAUUCGGCUAGAGCAUUGUCCAAGGUCAAUCGACUUUUCGCGCAGCGUUGGAACGCCCGCGCCGUGGCGAAAUCGUCGCGAUUCAGGGAUUUUUCGUGUCGGAGAAGUGCUCGUGUGCAGCGCUACCGCCAUUUUACUUCCCCCAUACACCUGACAUGUCUUUCUAAUGUUAUUAUCGAUGAAUGUUGAAAUUUGUGCGUGAAACUGCUUUGACUUCGAGUUGAUCGCGCGAGGAGAGCGAGUUCACCUGAGGAAGAGAUACCGCUGUGUCUGAUUGGCGGAACGACCGUCGCUUUGUUGGAAGCGAUUGCCAUUGUUCCAACCUCAUUGCUCGGAUCGAGCGAAAUUCACACAGGGUUGACACAGGUAGCCCCAGGAUAGGGAUCGCGAGCGAUUUGAUCCGCUGCCAGGGCAGGAAUAUGUCGCGAGGCUCGUCCGAGGAACGCUUCUGGUCGUGCCGCUGAAACUCUGUCACGGUAUCUUGCACGUGGAGGGCUCUCGCUCGAUGAUAUGGCUCUGGUUCCGCCUCUGAGAUCGUCCAGACGCAGAAAUCCAGCAGUGUUGAUCGUCCUGACGUCUGUACGAUACACGAUGACGCAGUUGCUCAAACAUGUGUAGGGCAUGUUCGGUGUAAACUACUAUGCGAGGUGGAAGAGAUCUGGACAGAAGCGGCAAUCAAUGAAGGUCCCUAUUUCCGAAAACUCAAACAUGGACAAUAAAUUGAAGUUUUCGGAUCGCCUGAAGGCUUUGCUGAAAACCGAGGCACACGAAGAUGUUGAUCCGUACAUUUUUAGUGAACCAGAACCAUUUGCUACAGGAGCGGGAAGAAAUGCCACGCUGGUCCCGUCUACGCAUUCUAAAGUGAUGCAAAGCUGCAAGAACAACAAGUCUAAGGGGAAAUGUGCGAAGCAGAGGAUAAGAGUAGCACCUGUGCUGGACGCAGCCUACAAGACUGUCGGAGUGAACGCUAUAGGAGAGGCGAGCGUCGAGUGUGGUGCUGGAGAGAAUCAUAAAUUUUCUAAUCUAAUUCAAUCUAGACAGCGGCACAUUGAGAAUCUGAAAAGAUUAAGGUCCAAGAAGCAAAGCCGGGACCACACUCUGUUGUAUUAUCCUAGAGCUGGGGAUGAGAUAUUCGACAGUGAUUCGAGCGGAGACGAGAUGACGAUCCAUCAGCGUCAUUGGUUCUCCGGUGAAUCCGCCACGACGUUAAAUCGCGCAGCUCGACUGUCCCAACUGCGUCUGCAACUGCAACGGCAAUUGCUUCAGUUGCACAUCGACGGAGGUGGUACUGAACUGAUACUGCAACACAGAGUGAGAUGCCUGUUGGAGGCAGCGUCGAGAGAUCCCGCUUCCACCGCGAGGGCUUUGAUCGAUUCUCCAGGUACCAGCAAGGUACUCGACGGACCGCUGCUGGUUGGUGGACCAUGCGGAGCGGAAGGAUGCCAACAAACCUCCUUGCCUUGUACCCGGCAUUGCUCCCGUCAUAUUAUGUUAAACGGAGAUCAGCUGUUAUUUGAGCAUUGCACUGCCAAGUUUAGUGACAACACACAGUGUUGCGUUCCUGUAUUCGAUGUCGCGCACGAAUUACCUCUUUGUCCGGAACACGCAAGGAAGAGGGACAAUUAUCACCGUAAAGCCCAAGAAUCCAAACCAAAGAAGGCACGUAAAAAGCCAGCCUCUCCCACUAUCCCGGCGAAGCCUAAACCCAAGUCGAAGCCGAAGAAGCGCAAACGGCCGCCCUCCAACAAGAUAGAGACCAAGGGUGCCACAUUAUUGCACGAGGAGAGUCAUUACAUGAGCCAAAUAAAUUGUAGUGAAAAUCACACCAAGACAUUAAACAACCUGAAUGUUCCGCAGGGAAGUUCAAAUACGUCUAACUUAAAUCUAGGAUUGGGAUUAGGCUCUCUCGGACUUGGCGGAGGACUCAAGGUUGAGCUUGGAGAUAACGAGGUGUUCGCUUCUCUGGAUUCUGCUGAGCACGAUUUUGGCACCGUGCUCAACAACUUACCGCCCGAUGCUUUUAACGACUUGUUUAUCGAGGGUAGAAAUGGAGAUUACGAGCCGUCAAGAGAGGAGGAAGAGGAAUUGCAACGGGCUUUGGACGAAGUUGAUAAAGAUGUACGGAAUUUGGAAAGGAUGGGGCAAACGCAUGGACUCUUGGAGCCGGCAUUGCUCGCCCAGCUUAUGUCGGACAUCGCCUCGUAGCCCCGCUAAUCUUAAUACAACAAUUUCUCUGGACAUGAAUUCGCGUGUGUUCCUUGUAAUGUAGAAAGAAGGAGGUACUGUUUGUGUCUGUGCUGCUAAACGUAAGAUUGCGUUGUAGACUGUUAUUACGUAGCCACGCAAGUCCGAGAUAAUGGCAGGGAUUGACAUACAGAAAGUAAAAACGAAAAAGAAAAAAGAAAGAAAAAAAAUACAAUAGCGAACUUAUCAAUUUAGUGUAAACUGCAUCGGGUACAACGCCGCGGGUAGGUUUAUGUCAAACGAGUAGCAAUGUAUAAACCGAGAGAAUUCCAUCCUUUUUGACAAAUAAUCACGGACAUCAUCAUCAUUAUAAUACUUGCGAUUAUAUUUCUAGUUUAUUUGCAGAUAUUUUGACUUACUUGCACUUGGAGAAAUUUGCUUAGAAAAAUUGUUCUAGCUGUAAUUGACGUGUACAACAACGAGAGUGUAGAACGUAUGACGGGGUAAAAAGAGGAAAUGUGGAUAAUGUUACGUAAAUGGUUCACAAACUAGGUUCCAACACACACACACACACACACACACACACACACACACACACACACACACACACACACACACACACACGAGCUAAACAAGAUAUAUAAUUUUCAUUUUUAUAUAUGGCUUGUCUCUGCUGUACGAAGAACAAGGAUAAUCUAAAUUACGUUACUAAUAGCGUCCAUAUUUAUUGAAUUGCCCGUAAUGUAUAGCUAAUUACUGAUUAUUCAAAUAAUAGGUACAAAAGUAUUUUUAUGACUGAUUUAUAACGAUUUUGUUUGUUAUUAAUUGCACUGUGCAAAUUGCGGAAAAGAAAAAUCUGUACAAAACCAGACAUGAGCUACAAAUUAUAGUACAGACUAAUUGGAGUUCGAAACGGUAUAAUAUUUGGAAAAAAAAAGAAAAUUGAUGUUCAUAUAUAGCUUUGUAUAUACAUAUAUCAGUCUCAUAUUAUUAAAAGAAAUCAUCGUAGGAAAAUAAUUCUCUUUAAUUUGCAGAUUAACAAAAUUAGAAGUAGCAUUAUUUUCUUGUAAAGGAUGAACGUAGCUUGAAAAAAGUUUAACGAUUCAAUUUGGAACACGAAGCGUGAAGAAUCUUGAGAAAUACUAUCGAAAUUUUAUUUAAAUAAAAUACAUUUUUCCACAA